CUUUGUUUCUUCUUGAUUCCCUUUCCAAAUACAAGCCAGCAUCCUCGCGACAUCGCAACUUCACAGGGAGUUAUUCUCCCUAUCUUCCUUUUUCAUACUCCCCCCCUUCUAUCCCGAGAUCCUACUUAUAGCACACAGGGGAGAAUGCAUUCAACCCUCAACCGCGCCCAAGGCGUCUUCGGCUUCUUCACGACCGUCGCUCUCUUCGUCGCCGGUCUCGCUGCUCUCAGCGUAUUUCUCUAUCCUACUGACGAUGUGACGUCUAGUGUGAAGUUGCGCGAUGUGAAAGUAACAAAAGGCCGUCCCCACUACUACAGCACACGAAAGGAAGAAUAUGCCGCCAUGAAAUUCGAUCUGGACGCUGACCUAACCCCCCUCUUCAACUGGAACACCAAACAACUCUUCGUCUACGUCUACGCGACCUACCCCUCCGACUCCACCAACCCAACCACCUCCGCGCCCUCCCACUCCGUCAUCUGGGACACCAUCAUCCCGGCCCCGGAGUCGCCGUACUCGUUUAAUGCCCUGCGCGAGAGAUUCUUUCCUUCUGCAUCGUCUGCGAAUAAGAAGCGCAGUACGAAGAAGACUUCAUCUUCCAGUAAGACUGCCAGUAAGAAGGGGUCUGAGCCUGGGAAACUGAGACUCCGCGAUCAACGGGCGAAGUACUCCAUCGGGGAUGUUUCGGGGAAGAUGGCUGAGAGGGAGAACGUUACGCUUUCUGUCGGGUGGAAUGUGCAGCCGUGGGUUGGGGCGCUGUGGUGGGCUCCAAAGACGGGGGGUGCGAUGAGGACGAAGGGGGAUGUGGGCACGAGUAGGGCUUUUGGGUUGCCGGCGUUGAAGGGGAGGAAUGUUGGGACUGGGACUGCGUCUGCGUCUGCGACUGCUGGGGCGGUGUAGGUGGGGGAAGUAUAGUGAGUUGUUUAUGUAGGAGGGAUGGUAUAAUUGCAUUGGGAUUGUUCUUUGUUUAUUUUGGGUGUUUUAUUUAUUUAUAUUUGGAAGGCAUGGGCUGGGUUUUAGUUUUUGAGGUUGAGCAUG